AUGCUCGUCCUCAAGCGUUGCACGAUCUCCGAAAUUCAUGUCAAGUUUCCACAUGGAUUAUUGACAGAUUUACUCGACAUAGAGCCAAACACUUCUCUAAACUACCGUUGAAUAACUGAUAAAAUUUUUAUAAUAAUUGAUUCAUUACUCAGGCAAAAUGGUCCUGUCGUGUCGAUUUUAUAAGGAAAAAUAUCCUGAGGUCGAGGAUGUGGUUAUGGUUAAUGUGCGCAGCAUCGCCGAGAUGGGAGCUUACGUGCAUUUAUUGGAGUAUAAUAACAUUGAAGGGAUGAUUCUCCUUUCGGAGUUGUCCAGGAGACGUAUCAGAUCCAUUAACAAGCUGAUUAGGGUGGGAAAAACAGAACCGGUUGUUGUUAUUCGAGUUGACAAAGAGAAAGGUUACAUUGACUUGAGUAAACGCCGAGUCUCCCCAGAAGACGUUGAGAAAUGUACAGAGAGAUACGCAAAAGCUAAGGCAGUGAAUUCAAUACUGAGACAUGUUGCAGAACUGUUGCAUUAUGACAGUGACGAGCAGCUGGAAGAGUUGUACCAGAAGACAGCGUGGUAUUUUGAGGCAAAGUACAAGAAGCAGAAGGCAUCGGCUUAUGAUUUUUUCAAACAAUCAGUAUUGGAUCCAUCAAUUUUGGCUGAAUGUGGUCUCGACGAUCACACCAAGGAAGUAUUGUUGAGCAAUAUCAAAAGGAAAUUGACCUCUCAAGCGGUCAAGAUUCGCGCUGACGUCGAAGUCGCAUGCUACGGGUAUGAGGGCAUCGAUGCUGUCAAGGCAGCUCUCAAAGCUGGACUCGCCCUCUCCACCGAAGAGCUUCCCAUUAAAAUUAAUCUGAUUGCACCCCCUCUGUAUGUCAUGACAACAUCAACCCCAGAGAAAACCGAUGGCUUGAAGGCGCUGAAUGACGCUAUUGUCGUGAUACAAGCGAAGAUAGUUGAAUUAGGUGGUGUGUUCAAUAUUCAAAUGGCUCCUAAAGUUGUCACAGCAACAGACGAAGCCGAACUGGCGAGACAAAUGGAACGUGCUGAGAUGGAAAAUGCUGAAGUGGCCGGUGAUGAUGACGAGGAGGAGGUCGAGGGCAUGGGAGACUUCAGUGGCGGUGAGGGUGAGGACGAGGAGAACAAGGGCCAGGAAUCUCAGGGGGAAGAUUGAGGCCUAGUUUUGCAUCUUUUUUUACUGUGAAGUAGAUGUCCAAACAAAUGAAUUAUCCGGAAGUACAUUUUUACCUGUACAAAUUGUGGAACAAGUUUAAUCGAUGUUAUGCGAAAGUUUUACAAAUAAACUCUGUAAUUCAUAAUUUCAAUUUUUAUCUUGAAUAAACUAGCGAAUUCAAUGCGAAAA